CUAAUCGAUUAAAUACUUGUUUUUAAUCGAUUAAUAGUCGAUUUUUGCCCUUUUAUCACACCCAGUCUUCGUCUUCUUCGCCAUUCCCCGUUUACGAAUCAGAGAAACCCUAGCUCCUUCCCUUCUCAAAUUUUCUCAAUCUUCAUCAGAAACUUCUCAAAUUUCUUUCAUUUUUUUUACCAAAUUUCAUCAAUUUCAAAAAGGAAGAAUGCCAAGGUGCAAGAACGCUUCCUCGGGUCAAGAAACGGCGGCAGAGGAGAGUGAGAGGCCUUGGCGUCGUGAAGGGAGCAAGUACAUUCACAUACAAACUGGUCUCGCCUUCAUCACUGGGGCUUCAGUCGAGAGGUUCCACAACACCUUCCUCACGAAGGAGAUUGUCUCUCCUAAAAUCGUGAACAAGGACCUCUUCAAAUCGGCGACCUAUGCCCCGAGUAAGUCUCUGUUCCUUCACGAUGGCACUCGUUUUUCCCAUCUCCGUUUUGCCGUCCCCAUUAUGCAUAUCCUUGCUCAUUGCAAAAUAGACUUUACUCGGGACACUCAGGUGCCGGUCAAGAAGACUUGUUUCAUCUCUGAAGCCAAGUUUUCCCGGAUCGUGUAUCGAGAGGAGGGCGAUGCUGCACCAAAUCUGGACCUGAUAGUCGCAGAAGAAGAAGAAGAGAGCCAAAACGAGACUCAAGCUGAGUCAUCUCGAGCCGGAGGUAGUCGAGCCACGGAGCGCGUUACUCGUCAACGGAGGACUCGUCCAAGAGAAGAAGCACCGGAACCUUCUUGGGUGAAGAGGAUCUUCGAUACUCUCACGUGCAUCCGAGAUGACGUUCGCCAGCUCAACGAGAGGAUGACUAUUCUUGAGCAAUCUCGCUCCUUCCGUGGCCCGCGUCACAGCUUUGGCGGAGGAGCUCGUCCGGCGAACUCUCUUUGAUUAUUAUAUUCCUUCCAUCUUGACUUAUUAUGAUACAUUGUUAUUUGCUAAUGUUAUUGUUUUAUGACUCUUUUGGUGGAUGAUGAUGUUCUUUUCAAUGGUGCUAGUUGAUAUUAAUUUUGAUUGUGUAUUGAUAUCAUUGUUGGUCUUGCAAUAUUGUUCUUAUUUAGAACAUAUUGUCCCUUUGUGGCAUCUUUACUAAGAGUUCUCUUUUAACGAAAACUCUUGCCAAUUUUUUUUUCUUUUCCUUCAAUAUCCCGGCAUUGUUUAAGGGGGA